UCCAUCCCAGACAUAGCAGAGAUGAUGAAACUUCCAGAAACCUCCACUGCUGGCACCCUCCAGGGAGUGGUCAUAGCACUUACAAUUCUAGACUGCCUGGGAAUUGGACUGCGACUGUACACUCGGAAAGCACUUGGUCAUCGUAUCAAGGCCGACGACUGGCUUGCUCUCGUUGCUCUUAGUUUUGUUAUAGUCCUUGCAGUCUACUUUCUGAUCGGCGUCUCAAAGCGCUAUGUCGGAUAUCCCCUGCCUGCGGACUUUACCGGCAAAGAAUAUCAUCCCCUCGUGUCCGGAAGCUUGCAGCACUUCUACAUCUGGCACUUUGUUCUUUUCUUUACGCUUUGGAUGAUCAAGACAUGUUUUGUUCUAUUCUACCGCCGUGUACUUGUAUGCGGAUUUAAGGAUUGGGCAAAUGUUCUCGUGUGGUCUACGUUCGCUAUUGUAACAGCCUGGACUAUUGCUUUUACUUUCGCCUGGGGGUUUGCGUGCCAUCCCAUCAAAGGGUUUUGGUCGUUCCCUUACGGAUCCGAUGAAGGGCCUUGCGUCGAUACCUGGAAAUUGAACAGUGUGAUGGCGAUUAGCGACACAAUCAUCGACGUCAUCAUCCUAUUGGUUCCUGUGCCGCUGGUCUGGAGGUUACGCAUGUCAACUUCUCGAAAGCUGGCUGUAAUUCUAGUGUUCUUUCUCGGUGGGCUCGCCGUAGCAGCGUCAGUUAUGCGGAUGGACCGCGUGCUGUAUGUUGCUGUAGAGGAGGAAAAUGCUCCUGACGGGCUUCUACUGAAUACGACUGUACUCUUCUGGGGCAUGCUUGAAGCCAAUCUUGGGCUUCUAGCCGCCUGUCUUCCUACCUUGCGCGCUUUGUUCAAGUCAUCAAACCUGGAUAGUGUGGCAAAAGGUUAUCGGGGAAGAACUUGGCUACGCUCUACUCAGCCGUCAUCCCCGAACAACGUAAUACCAAGUUCAAAACAUAGCCCAGUCGCUGCACCAUCAGAGAGACAUAGUCCUUCUAGUCCUAGUCUACAAGGAGAGAUGACCAAAACUACGUGGAUGUAUACUUCGAAGACGAAGGCGGCUACACAGGUAAUUGAUACAUCCGAGAUUGUAUGA